UGAAUACAAAGGGCUUGACUAAUCGACAAUACUGUUUAAGUGACUGCAAAUCAAAAAUCUACACAUUUUACAAUAUGAAGCAGAUGUUACCUGUGCUCUUUCUCGUUUUGCUUGCCCCGUCAAAGAUCUUUGGAAUAGAUAAUUGCGAUAGUCGUUGCAAGUUAGUGGAAUACCAGAAGGCCCUCGAAAGUGCCGUAGCCGUGCAUACAGCCCAAAAUAAGGUUCUAAGCACGGUUCCUGCAAAGCUGGUAUUGUUGACUUGUAGAAUGGCAGAUAUUCUAGGCGAUUGGCGUGAGCCAAGUAUCGAUUUUCCACAAGAGGGGACCAAUGCUGAUCGAGGGCUUCGAUAUCUACCCAAAAUUGGAGAGAAAGAACUGUUAUCUCUUUCUAUGGGGAUUCGCGAUACCUUAAUGGAAGCUGAUCCGUCAUUGCAAAGGCCGGAAUUCAAAGAACUGGAAACCUUGCUCAGCGAUAUCAUCCCUGUACCCAAAGAACCCGAAGUCGAUCCCGACAUCUUUGCAAAUGCCAUCAACUCCCAGUGCGGCCAAAUGUGUGCUGGUGAUGGGAUCAAGUGCUAGUGAAUAAGAUCAGUUGCUAAGUUGCUCAAUUGGUUUCAUUUUUACUCAGUCACUCAUCUCAGAUAACAUCUCGUAGUUUUACUAUACAAAAAGAAUAUUCAAUAGCCUGGCUAAAAGUUGGGUUCGCUUUACGUUCGA